GUGUGGAGUAUAAAACGUGACACGUCGAUACCGUCUGCUUCACUCCGUACCAGACAUCCACGGAGGCACAAGUGUAGUGAUCAUUAGUUGCAUACUCCUUGAACCACUUUUCGAAUCGUUCGCAGAAAUGGCCCAAGAGACACCGUCGUGGGUGAACAUCGACUUCACGCAGAGGAUCCUUCGGUUGGCCGAGGAUGACAGCACGAUCCAAGUGGUCGAUAUAUUCAUAAAACCGGCCACCAAUAAGGGUGACAACUAUACUAGCGACAUGAUGAGGGUAGCGAUUGAGUAUACCAGGAAACAGGGUGAUAAAGAGGUCAGCGACAAGAAGACACUCAUCUUUAAGUUCGAGCCGAUCGCAGAGGGGCCACGAAAAGAACUGAUCCAAAUGAGCAACAUCUUCGAGACGGAGAUCUGCAUGAUGACAGACGCCCUUAAGAAGAUGAGCGGUAUGCUGGGCAUUCGUUUAGGCGCGCGAGUUUAUCACGUUCGUAUGGAACGACCACUGUGCCUGAUCAUGGAGGACCUUGCUCCUCGAGGUUUUCGUAUGGCUGACCGUCAAAUGGGUCUCGAUCUAGCACACAGCACUCUGGCCAUUCAGGGAUUAGCCAGGUUUCACGGCAGCUCGGUUGCUUUAUGCGAGAAGGAACCAAAACACAAGGACGUAUACAGAAAAGGAAUAUUCCACGCGCAGAACCCCAAGGAUAUGACGAAGUUCUUCCAAGCGGCGUGCACGAGUCUGGCGCUCGAGAUAGAAAAGUGGCCAGAGUUCGGCGAAAGUUACGGUCAGAAACUGAAGAUUCUGGCGGAGAAUGUGUUCGAGAAGGGCGUGGAAGCUGUGAAACGCAACGACAACGAGUUCAACGUCAUCAAUCAUGGCGACUUUUGGGUAAACAACAUGCUGUUCCGUUACGACGAGAACAACAAGCCUGUCGAGCAUAUUUUCGUGGAUUUCCAACUGGCUCUCUACACUUCGCCGGCGAUCGACCUGCACUACUUCCUGAAUACCAGCCCGAGCGAGAAAGUUCGCGACGACUGCAUCGACUCUCUGUUGGACGAGUAUUUAAAGACACUGACGGCCACCAUGAAACAACUGGGCUGCAAAACGCAACCACCUACCAAGGACGCAUUGCUGAAAAGUAUGGAGGAACGAGCAAUAUACGGCCUGAUAUCUAUGAUGACCGUUCUUCCAGUAAUUGUAGUGGAUAAGAGCGAGGUGAAGGACAUUGACGAGAUGUUAGGCGGCAAUGGUAUCGUAGAAAGUCCGGGCAUGAAGAGUCCCAUUUUCCGAAGAAUAAUGCAGAAGAAAUUACCUAAAUAUGCGCAAAUGGGCUUGCUAGACUGACGAAUCAUAGGAAGAAUCGUUAUCAGAAGGAACUAAUUCGAGAACAGAUACGGAAUAAAGGUUGGCCAACUGGGUGCCGUAUUUAGGUCUACGUUGUAGAUUGUCUACGUCUACGAUGUCGCGGUUGGCCAUGAAACAAAGUCACUUCGACUUAACAACGAGCUUAUCGUUUCAACUGUUUGUCAUUGUCUAGUCGAAUUCGAAGGUUUCCUUUUUUUUCUAGUAAGAUAUCUAGUAAAAUAUAGUUCAAGUUCGAAUCCAAACAUCCAUUUGUCCUUCCAAUCCAAAGAUCCUUCCAACGACGAACCGUCUAGAUAAUAUUCCUGUACAAUUAAGUCGACCCCAUUUGAUAGUACAAAUUGAACACGGUUUAAUAAGGUUACUCGUGAUCGACAAUCUACGUUGAUCAACACACACGGCAUUAACGAGGUAUUAAGGUAGAUGUAAAUCGUUCUAUCGUAAACACAACAGACUCGCGCACAACUCACGAGCUGUAGUGACUAUGCACGAUCGUUGUUUCAUGUUGAAUACAACCGAGAAAAAAAAAAAAAAAAAAA